AUUGGUAGUUGAUAGCUACUCACGUCAGCGAUUGGUUGAAAGGGGUGUUUUAAAAUGAUUCAAACGGAGGGGCGGGAUUGGUAAAAUAAGAGUUAAAUGAUUAGUGUGUAGCUGGCGGAUACAAUUGUGGUGAUACCCGUUGUCUUUAAUACUGCUCUAAUUGAAUUGGCAAAGAAGAAAAUCUGAGUAGAAGAUGGCCUCACAGAAUUUGGAUCCUGCUAUUGCUUCUGCUGCUAACAGGAAAGCAAAGGAGUCUGGAAGUAGCAUGGCAAAAGGCUCUGUAUCCAAAAGGUUACAGCAAGAACUAAUGACUUUGAUGAUGUCUGGUGACAAAGGCAUUUCAGCUUUUCCAGAGUCUGAUAAUCUGUUUAAGUGGAUUGGAACCAUUAUUGGACCAGCAGGAACAGUUUAUGAAGGACUUCGCUAUAAGCUGUCCUUGGAGUUUCCCAGUGGAUACCCUUACAAUGCUCCCACUGUUAAAUUUAUUACCUCCUGUUACCAUCCCAAUGUUGACACCCAAGGGAACAUCUGUCUGGAUAUCCUGAAAGAGAAGUGGUCGGCGCUGUAUGAUGUUCGCUCCAUCCUGCUGUCUAUUCAGAGUCUCCUUGGAGAACCGAAUAACGAAAGCCCAUUGAAUACCCAUGCAGCACAGCUAUGGCCCAAUCAGCAAGGCUACAAAGCCCAUUUGCGUGAAAUGUAUGCUGCUGCUGAAGAUCAGAGAAGUUGAAAAUUUUCCAUUAACUAUGUAUAUU